AUGUUUGGUCACAUUCUGCAAGCACUGGCCGACUUUGUUCCCUUCAGUUACGACGUCGUCUACGAUGCCCGACGGUCAUUUGGCGUCCGCCUGGCGAAUGGAUCUUACAACGGCAUCAUUGGACUUUUGCGCAGCGGGGGAGCCGACCUGGCCGCUGCCCCGGUGAUCGUGCGCUACGAUCGCGCCGAAGUGGUGACGUACACUCCCCCCAUGUACAGUGGUCACUGUGCGCUCAUCGCUGUUGCUGGAGAGCCUGCCAUCAACGCAUUCAGCUACUUGUUCGUCUUCGACUGGCAGGUGUGGGCAAUGCUGGUAGCUUGCAUUCCGUUGGUGGCUUCUGCGGUCGCCUUCGUCGAACAUCGCAGGGUUCUGACCAGGGGCAGCUUCGUGUGGGAGACCUACGAGAACACCUGGGACAUUCUGCGCUCUUUCUCCUACGAAGGUCACACUACGAAGACGAACAGCCAUGCUGGCCGGCUGCUCUUCUCGAUAUGGUGGCUCACAGUGCUGGUGCUUACCAAUGGCUUUGCCGGGCAGCUCAAAGCCAGCAUGGCCAUCAAAACCGAGCCGCCAAGAUUUCAAUCUGCAAUAGAGAUCGCGUACCAGACCGCCGUACGACCAGUCAUGUGGAAGGACACUGUGUUCGAGGUAUACGUACGGACAUCCACAAGGUCAUCUCUCCGAGCACUGACAAGCCUCAUUCAACGCCACGGUGGAUUUGUGCCCAUCACCGACAUGUACUCCGAGGACGCCAUGAAGGAGCUGUACAGUGGUCGUGCUGUCAUCAUCAGCGACCGUGACGUCAGCAUGCACAUGCUGGCCAAACAGUGCCGGCUCAACGGCGGGAGCCUCUACGUGGCACCCGAGGAGCUUUUCACGCACUUCAUGACUGUGGCCCACUCGAAGCGCUUACCGCGAGCCCUAGAACGCAGGAUUCACGGAAAAAUCAGAGCCAUGAUUGAGUCCGGGCUUCACGCUAAGUGGUACGACGACGGCGUGCAAGACUGGCACCGCUGUCAAGGCAUGCAAAAGGCCAGCGCCUCCCACGGAGGCGAGCUGUCCUUCAAGGUUCUCCGAUACGACGACAUGGCGGCCAUUUUCACCCUGUGGGCCAUCAUGGCGGCGCUCGCGCUCGUCGUCUUCCUGCUCGAGCUGUGCGUCCACAGAAUGGCGACGCGACCUCACCACAGGCUCGCUCGAAUGGAAGCCAGGCGGAACGCCCGCUGCAUCGCGCAGGUUGCGGCGCAAGGCGUGCGAGUUCCACAAACUUAA